AUGGACGCGCGGAGCCCGCUGUCUCCCCGGGCCAGCGCGUUCAGCAUCGCCUCUCUGGUUGCAGCAGAGGUCGCAGAGCGCACCGUUCGCCUGGGCCCUGGGUCCUCCGACCAGGCGAAGCUCCAGCGGCUGUUGGGAUCCCCGGCCGGGAUGCACUUCAGCACCGUCACCAGGGACAUGGAAGCUUUCGCGCCGGCCGCCGGGGCCGCCACCAGCGCCGCCGCCGAGCCCGAGGGCCCCGGGGCCAGCUGCGCGGCCGCCGCCAAGGCGCCAGUGAAGAAGAACGCGAAGGUGGCCAGCGUGAGUGUGCAGCUGGAGAUGAAGGCGCUGUGGGACGAGUUCAAUCAGCUGGGCACCGAGAUGAUCGUCACCAAGGCCGGCAGGCGCAUGUUCCCCACUUUUCAAGUGAAGCUCUUCGGCAUGGACCCCAUGGCCGACUACAUGCUCCUCAUGGACUUCGUUCCAGUGGACGACAAGCGCUACCGGUACGCCUUCCACAGCUCCUCCUGGCUGGUGGCCGGGAAGGCGGACCCUGCCACACCAGGCCGUGUCCACUACCACCCUGACUCGCCUGCCAAAGGUGCACAGUGGAUGAAGCAAAUUGUGUCCUUCGACAAGCUCAAACUGACCAACAACCUGCUGGAUGACAACGGCCAUAUUAUUCUCAACUCCAUGCACAGAUACCAGCCCCGCUUCCACGUUGUUUAUGUGGACCCACGCAAAGAUAGUGAGAAAUAUGCUGAGGAGAACUUUAAAACCUUUGUGUUUGAGGAGACUCGCUUCACUGCGGUCACUGCCUACCAGAACCACCGGAUCACGCAGCUCAAGAUCGCCAGCAACCCCUUCGCCAAAGGCUUCCGAGAUUGCGAUCCGGAGGACUGGCCCCGGAACCAUCGGCCCGGCGCGCUGCCGCUUAUGAGCGCCUUCGCGCGCUCGCGGAACCCCGUGGCCUCCCCCACGCAGCCCAACGGCGCAGAGAAAGACAUGGCCGAGGCUCGACGAGAAUUCGAGCGCGACGCGGGCGGACCGGCCGUGCUCGGGGACCCGGCGCACCCGCCGCAGCUGCUGGCACGGGUGCUGAGCCCCGCACUGCCCGGGGCCGGCGGCGCCGGCGGCCUCGUCCCGCUGCCCGGUGCGUCCGGAGGCCGGCCCAGCCCUCCGCACCCUGAGCUGCGCCUGGAGGCGCCCGGCGCGUCGGAACCGCUGCACCACCACCCCUACAAGUACCCGGCCGCCGCCUACGACCAUUACCUCGGGGCCAAGAGCCGGCCGGCGCCCUACCCGCUGCCCGGCCUGCGCGGCCACGGCUACCACGCGCACACGCACGCGCACCCGCACCACCACCAUCCCGCUGUGAGCCCGGCAGCCGCCGCUGCCGCCGCCGCCGCCGCCGCCGCCGCCGCAGCCGCCAACAUGUACUCGUCGGCCGGGGCCCCGCCUCCCGGCUCCUACGACUACUGCCCCAGAUAA